UUCUGCAUUAAACAUGGCGCCCUCAUCAUCAUCAUCAUCUCCUCAGUGUGCCGAGGAUGCGGAAAAUCCGGUAAAGCAGUUGCAGCGAGGUCAGUGGUUGCGCGCGGCCAUCCUCGGAGCUAACGACGGGUUGAUGUCCACUGCGUCGCUCAUGAUCGGCGUUGGCGCGGCGAAGGAGGAUCAACGGGACAUGAUCCUCGCCGGCCUCGCCGGCGCUCUCGCCGGCGCUUGCAGCAUGGCCGUCGGAGAGUUUGUUUCCGUGUCCACGCAGAGAGAUAUCGAGAAGUCAGUCCUCCGAAGCUGCAGUUUAGAAAAAGAAGAAGAUGGAGAUGGUAAAAUUAAGGUUGAGAUAGUUACCAAUUCUUACACACAAUCUGUCAUUCAGAAACCAACUGAACUAGAUUUUUAUCAGCAAUCUGUUAUUCAGAAACCAACUGAUGAGCGAAAUUCUUACACACAAUCUGUCAUUCAGAAAUCAACUGAGCUACCCAGAGCCCUGCCGAACCCUUAUAAGGCGGCGGGGGCAUCUGGGUUGGCUUUUCUGUGCGGAUCACUCCCACCUUUGCUCACAUCUAUGGUGGCAGCGCCCAACAAUAUAAGGAUCAUUAUGAUCGUGGCUUUGGCAUCCGUAGCGCUGGCCGUAUUCGGUGGAGCUGGAGCGUAUUUUGGCGGAUCGCCGGUGAGGAAGUCCGCCGGGAGAGUUCUGGUUGGAGGGUGGAUUUCCAUGGCCAUCACUUACGGAAUGCUAAGAUGUUUCGACAAAGAUUCUAAAGGUGAUGAUGAUGAUUAAAAAUUUAGCACAAUCACCCUAUGCUCUUUCUACUUCAUGUACAGUGUAUGAUCUGCAUAUUCUUGAGUGUCCUGUACCGUGCGUAUUCUCUUGGUGGACAACAUUGGGGA